AUGCUGGUAGAGUUGGGGUCCUGUCUGCUACUGGCCGUGGCACUGCUGGGUCCAGGCCCUGGGGCCCAAGCCAUGGAAGGUGUUAAAUGUGGGGGUGUGCUCUCAGCACCUUCCGGAAACUUCUCCAGCCCCAACUUUCCUAGGCUGUACCCCUACAACACAGAGUGCAACUGGCUGAUUGUGGUGGCUGAGGGGUCCUCUGUGCUGCUCACCUUCCACACCUUCGACCUGGAGUACCAUGACACCUGCAGCUUCGACUUCCUGGAGAUCUACAACGGGGCCCUGGGAGACAAGGGCAAUCUGCUGGGGAGGUUCUGUGGCCAGGUGCCUCCGCCACCCUUCACCUCCUCCUGGCAUGUCAUGUCUGUCGUCUUCCACUCAGACAAACACGUGGCCAGCCGCGGCUUCUCUGCAGGCUACCAGAAAGAUGUGUGUGGCGGCUUCCUGACUGGCUUGUCGGGGGUUCUCACGAGCCCCGAGUACCCCAACAACUACCCCAACAACGUGGAGUGCCGGUGGGUGAUCCGGGCUGCAGGCCCUGCCACGGUCAAGCUGGUGUUCGUGGACUUCCAGGUGGAGGGCAACGAGGAAUGCACUUAUGACUACGUGGCUGUGCUUGGGGGGCCCGGCCCCACCCAUGGGCACCACUACUGUGGCAGCGCCAGGCCUCCCACUGUUAUGUCGCUGGGCCACGAGCUGCAGGUGGUCUUCAAGUCCGACUUCAACAUUGGAGGCCGGGGCUUCAAGGCCUACUACUUCUCAGGAGAAUGCCAGGAGGUGUAUGUGGCUGUGCGGGGCAACUUCUCCAGCCCACAGUACCCCAUCUCCUACCCCAACAACAUCCGGUGCCACUGGACCAUCCGCCUGCCACCCGGCUACCGGGUCAAGGUCUUCUUCCUAGACCUAGAACUGGAGGAGCCCAACAGCCUGACCAGGACCUGUGACUUCGAUCAUCUGGCAGCCUUCGAUGGGGCCAGUGAGGAGGCACCCAUGCUGGGGAAGUGGUGUGGCCACCUCCUGCCACCACCCGUCACCUCGAGCCACAACGAGCUCCUGCUCCUGCUGCACACGGACCGCAGCACCACCCGCAGGGGCUUCUCCGUGGCCUACAUUGGAGUGGUGCCCAUGAACGUGAGCUGCUCCCGCACGGACUUCCAGAUCCUCAUCUCCGCACAAGUGCUGGCCCCGCUAGAGCGCACCAAGGUCUACCUGGGCAGCCGGAGCUGUGCUGCCCAGGAAGUGGGCAACACCUUCCGCAUCCAGGCGCGCUUUGACACCUGCGGAACCGAGUCUCAGAGGAGAAAUGGCACGGUGGUGAUCGUCAGCGUGCUGCACAUCGACUUCUCGGCCGGCGGGCAGGCCGACGUUCACGAGUAUGAGGUCCGCUGUGAGCCACGGCGCAAGGAGGCCUCUGUCCACCUGCUGUCCGGCUCCGGCUGGCUUGGGCCCUACGCUGCCACUGCCGAACACCUUCAGGAAGCGCCACCCCGGGACGAGGUAGAGGCCCUGGAGGGUCCGGUGACUGUGGUCCCCCAGGACACCAGCGACAUCGUCUUCCUGGGCCUUUGCAUCCUGGCCGGAGUGCUCAUGGUCAUCGCCAUCGUGGUCUUGAUGCUGCUGUGAGAGGGCAGGGCAGGGACCCAGCUGCUGGCGUCCCAGGGAGGCAGCUCAGGGACCCCGAGAUGGGUGGGAUGGGAUCUUGCCGACUUGUUGGUGACCCUGAGCAAACCACGUCCCUCUCUGAGUCUUGGUUUCCGGGGGACAACCACUCUGUCCUGCCAGCCCUCAGGACUGGUGCAAGGCUCAGAGGAGUGUGUGAAAGGCCACAGCGUGCCGUGCAUGUGUGCAAUCGUUAUAACUUUAGAGACAUCCUGCUGUAGAAGAGAACUCCCCCGUGUGAACUUGUCACUGGAUGGUUGUGGUCCCCGGUGGCA